ACAAAGCAAGCGGUGAGAGCUGCUUGCCGCGCCUAUCUCUAUGAUGCGCAAGAAUUUAUGGAGGGGUUAAGGGCUGGCCGAGCGCUGACGCUGCUUACUUUUGCAGAACUCGCUUGUGCGGGCCUCCCAAACCCGGCCCUGUCACAGUACAAAAUAAUUUCAGGAUCGUUACUUUUUGGUUUUUUCUUUAAAUUUUUAAGUGCCUGUUAUUUUGUACAACACCUCAAAUAAAAAUUAAUAAAUUAUUUACAAAUAUAAAAUUAAAAACUAUGGAGAGAGUUCCAGAAGCCGUUGGAAGCGAAAACAAAACACCCUCUAAAAAGUGAGAUGAAGCCGAUAGACUUUGAGAGAGGACAAAAGAGUAUUGCAGAGAGUGUAGAUCGAUGGCAAGCGAGAAGAGGAUGACCGUCAAGCUCUUCUGCCCAUCGCUCUCCAAGGUGGUGUCCUACGUGGCUCGUGAGGAUCAGAGGCUGGACCUUGGUUCUAUUGCCCGGACCUUUGGGCUUGAUCCCUGGUCUGUCAAGCUCAACGGCCACUUCAUCAGCAAAGGCCGUGACUUCAUCUCCUCAUCCCUCACCUGGAACUCUCUCCUUUCUUUCUUCUCUUCUCGCUCGCUCCCCACCGGCGCUGUCGAUGCCAACCCCCUCGUCGUCGACGGGAAGCUCUGUAGACCCGGUACUAAGAGAUUACAUGACCCUGCAGAUGAUCAUGAGGAUGUUCUUGCUUGCAGCAAGCCACAGCUUGAAGAUUCCCUCAAAAAGAUAAAGUUGAGGGAAACAAACUCAGGGUGCAAAGAUGAGGAUAAUCUAAUGAUUAAACGCAAUGGUUUUGGCUCAAAGAGAAAGGAAUCAGUGGGAGAUGUCAACCAGCCCAAGAAGUUGAGAGUGCAUGCAACUGAAUCAGCAGGUCCUGGUACAAAUCUAUCUUACAGACAAAGUUCAUGUUUCCAAGGAAGUAAAGAUACCUUGCCCAGUUCCAUUCUGAACACCCAAUUCUGGUGCAGUCACAGUGAAAAUAUGAAAAGGAUGCGAGAGGAUGAGACAGUGAUCCCCCCUUUUUGCAAAAGGACUAGAUGAUCAAGUUUUCCUGCCUCUGCCUUGUCUGGUGUUUCUUUUGUUUUGUUGUGUUCCCAUCAAAAUGCUAGUUCUGUAAAUAUUUAUCAGUGAGAACCAAAUGGUUACAACCUAAAGUUCAUAGAAGGCUGUCCUGUAAUGCUAUGGUAUAAAAAUAUUCCUGAGAAGUAAGUGUCCAUGAUUCUCCGAUA